GCUACCAUGGAAACGCAGAGUUGUCCUCGGCUGACGUAUUACUACCGGCUGCUGAGCCGCACCGUGCUGGUCUACCAAGACCCGGCGACCGGUCUGAUACCAUCGCAGAAGUACGAGCACCACGCCUGGGUGCGCGACAACGUGUACGCCGUGCUCUCGGUCUGGGCCCUCGCGCUCGCCUACCGUAAAAGGACCGAGCUUGACGAGGACCGCGCCCGCACCUACGAACUGGAGCAGUGCUGCGUCAAGUUGAUGCGAAGUCUGCUCGGGGCCAUGAUGGAGCAGAAAGAUAAGCUCGAAAAGUUUAAGGAGACGCACAACCCCACGGACUGUCUGCACGCCAAGUACAGCUCGGUCACCAAGGAAACUUGCACUAGCGACGAGGAGUGGGGACACCUGCAGAUCGACGCGACGUCCCUCUUUCUACUUAUUCUGGCCCAGAUGACCGCCUCUGGCUUGCAGAUAGUGUUUAAUCUCGACGAAGUCGCUUUCGUGCAGAACCUCGUGUUCUACCUAGAGGGCGCCUACUGCAUUCCCGACUACGGAAUCUGGGAGCGCGGCGACAAGACCAACCGCGGGAUACGCGAGCUAAACUCGAGUUCCGUUGGCAUGGCCAAGGCCGCCAUGGAGGCCAUAAGCGAGCUCAACCUAUUCGGGAGCUACGGCGGUCCGUCGUCGGUCAUCCACGUCCUCUCUGACGAGGCCCAAGAGUGCGACGCUGUGCUGAGCGCUAUGCUUCCGCGAGAGUCCUGCUCGAAGGAAGUGGACGCGGCCCUCAUCUCAAUCAUCGGCUUCCCUGGUUUCGCCGUGACCGACCAAGAACUGAUCGACCUCACCCGUCACGCAAUCAUCGACAAGCUGCAAGGACAGUACGGAUGCAAGCGCUUUCUGCGCGACGGAUACAAGACCGUCCGCGAAGACAAGACGAGGCAGUACUACGAGGGCUGGGAACUGCAGGGUUUCCACAACAUCGAGUGCGAGUGGCCGCUGUUUUUCUGCUACCUGGUCAUCGAGGCCUGCUUUCGCGAGGACCGCAUCACCAUGGACGAGUACAGUGACAUGCUGGAGAGAGUCCUCAUAAAGACUGAUGAUGGGAUACGGCUCGUGCCAGAGAUGUACGCCGUGCAGGCCGACAAAGUCAACAAGGAGUACGAGAUGCCGGACACACAAGCCCGCAUGCCCAUCGGCCAAAUUCCGUUCGUAUGGGCUCAGUCCUUGUACAUCGUGGGGCGUCUGAUGCACGACGAACUCAUCACGCCAGGAGAGAUGGAUCCACUGAACCGCCGGCUAGGCAUGAUCCAGCAGCCAGACGUCGUCGUACAGGUCGUUCUUCUGACCGAGACCUCCACUGUGCGUGAUCGUUUCGCCGAGUUGUACCCCGGCAUACAAAAAUUGACCGAAGUGCAACCGAUCGAAGUGCUACCGGGGCGGGUGCUCGGGCAGCUGUAUUUGCACCUCGGUCAAAACCGAAAGAUGGGUCUGUCUGGCCGCUUUAGCACCGACGUUGGCCUUCUAGCCACCAGCAAGAUGUACACCCUCCAGGACCAACUAUUUGUCUUCACGCCGCAGAACCUGGACAGUGAGGUGUUCCACCUCGUCAACGACGUUGACCUGUUCGUCAGCACACUGCGCUCGGACCUGGCCGUGCUGCGUACCCAGUGGCACAUUCAGGGCCGGCCCACCAUGGUUGUCAUACUGAGACAGCGGCACCUCGUACACAACAAGCCGCCGCCCUCGCUGCGUCAGACCAUCAAGAAACUUGCGUCCGGCUACAUCAACGGGACGCGCGUUUGCUUGGGCACCCUGGACGACUUCAUGAACACAUCGUGCAUGGCCAGCCUGGAUUUCCUGUGCAACUACGAAGACGGCGACGCCGACAAUCUAGACGUUUCCGUCCAGGAUUACCUGGACAAGACGAUUACCAACGCCGCCUUUCUCCGCGCAGGGGUAACGCCGAAGCAUGUUCUGUCGGGUGCGUCGAGUGCGAGGGCGCGCCGGAAGAUCGCUGUCGCCGGCAUCAUCAAGCGCAGUCGUUCGAUACCGGUUCAAGACAGCGUGGUAGCCGAUAGCGCGCAUGCAGCCGGAACGUUAUCGCCGGGCCAGGGCUCGGUGAUGUGUACGCCCUCGAUGUCCCGCCGCAGCUCUGACGACGAAGAGCACGGCCUGGUGAUUCCAAUGCAGGCGCCGCUUGUCGACGCCGCUACCGAGCUCCCGCUAGAUAAAGUGGCCGAAGAGGAGCUGGUGAACACACUGCGCGAGACCGAAUCUCUCGAGGAACAAGGGGACAUCCUUCACUACCUGGCCCUGCGGAAGGGCCUGAACUGGGACACCGGCUUGGGCAAGCCGCACACCGUGAUCACAGUGCGCGCGCUGUUCGAGGAGUUUUAUGAGCGCGCCUGCGAAGAACACCAGUGGGGACUCGUGCGACACUUCGCGAGUUCUCUCGGCAAGCGGGUCGAGGACCUGGCCAAGAGCGUCACGGACCUGCUGGUGCGACAGAAGCAGGUGACCGUGGGUAUGCCGCCGAACAACGAGGAGGUCAUCACGCGACCCCUGUCCACGAAAGACCUGCUCGCCAUCAUCAUGCGGGUGCACAAAGGUGACCAGAGCACGGCCAUGCUGACCCAGGAGAUUCUCGCGUACCUGGCCCUUUUCAUACGCAGCAACCCGGGCCUCUUCCGCGAAAUGCAGUGUCUCCGCAUAGGGCCCAUAAUCCGGGUGAUGGCGUGGGAAAUGGCUCGCAACUCCAGGCUCAACGCUUCGGAAGCUGUCGACGCGCUGCUGAACUUGAGCCCGUUCGACAUGCAGUCGCUACUGAUGAACAUCAUAAACGGCACGGAGCUGGAUACGUCACGCGUACUCUCGUCGCUCCCCGGCUCCACUCCCGGUACUUUCCCCACUAAGCGCAGCGAGGCUGAAGCCAUCUUGCACUUGGAAACCGAAGAGGCCUUGUCCAUCGUGACACAGGGCCUGUGGAUGCGUCGUCGCCGACUGGACGGCACGCUGAACCGAGUACCUGUGGGCUUCUACGGGCAAGUGUGGGGUAUCUUGGAGCGCUGCCCGGGUGUGUGGGUGCGCGGAUACUGCCUGCCCGUAGCCCUCACGAAGGAGAUGACUGCGGGAGAGAUCAAGUUCGCGCUACGCGUCGAAGAGAUGCUGAACAAGGUUCCGGAGCCCGAGUACCGGCAGCUGCUGGUCGAGGCGCUCAUGGUGUUCAGCCUGAUCGUCGAGAACGACGUGGUGAGCGACUUCAAGGUGCCCAUUGACGUCGAGUCCGUGGUGCAUCGAGCGCACGGUUUCUUCCUCGAGGACCAACUCCACUGCAACGGCGACGCGACGCUCUGUUGCGCGGCAGGCUCCAAAGGCCCUCCCGUCGCGCCUUGCCAGACGGUCGUUGGAAUCUGCCAGCACUUCUACGACUCGGCACCCAGCGGCUGCUACGGCACCAUGAGCUACCUGCUCCGGGCCGUCGCCUGCACGAUACCCGACAUGCAGAUUACAGCGCUCGACUGCAUGCCGUCGUAGCGCGUCGGU